ACUAAUUUGGUGUAUCUGUAGUGGGCGGCAAAGAAACCAUAAAGAGUUUCUCUCCGCAAGGGCAAGUCUUUUUGACGUUUACCCCUAAGAGCAAAGACGACGAGAUGCUCGAUGCGGUUUCUUCCCUUGAAACAAAACGGCAGCAGCACAACUACAGACGACCAGAAACUCCCAAAACUAUGUAUGAUAAGAAGCAAAGAGGCAGAGGGCACUAUAUAUCUUCCUCCAUCAAAUAUAUAAUUAUACCCAUCUUUCUCCUUUAUCACAAGAGAAAGAAACGACGAUCCGCAAAACAACAUUAUUAUCAUAUCACAAUGAUCAUCUGCCACAAAUUAGUGCCACUGUCUGUAGCUUUUGUGACCAUAUUAAUGAUGGUGGUUAUAGCAAGUCGUCGCUCAGUUCUUGCGACGAGAGUUCAGGUUAGCAACCAGUUGAGCAGCAAGAUACUGAUAGCACACUGUCGAUCCAAGGACGACGAUCUCGGAGCCCGUGUCAUCAUCGUCGGGAAAGAUACCGGUUGGAGUUUCGAGGCGGAUAUUUCGGGGGUGACGCUUUUUUGGUGCAACCUCGCGGUCGAAGAUAAGCGUCUUUCUUUCACAGCGUUCGAUGGAGAUAUGUACGGAGAUCAAUUUUGGGAUGUUCGUGACGAUGGGGUCUACGGGACGACCAAGUUCACCAAUGCUCGGUAUCUCGAGCGUGAAUGGAGGCGAAUUCAACGGCUAAAUUGAUCCAUGGUGGGAUUAAUGAGCAGUUUUGUACUAAUUAAAGACGACACAUUGUCAUUAAUGUGCCUCACAAAAAUGUUCAGGUGAUGAUGAAUUAGUACUUGUAACUAUAUUGUGCAUCUAUAAUUGUCAUACUUUGUCAUUCGUGUUCCAUAAUUACUGUCACAAAGGGUGACGAUAUGCGCGUUCCAUAAUUCCCGUCACAAGUUGUAAAUAAAAUUCGUCGCUAAAGGCUUGAUUUGGUGACUUGCGGAUUACCCACCCUACGUGCCCUCCCCUAUCCAUCGUGCAUAAGUUUUUGCGACCCUAAAGGUGAGAUCAAACACAGCAACAAGAACUUGGCCUAGUAGUAGUCUGGAACUUGGAAGUUCUGGAUUCGAAUAUCUUAAAUAGUACGUUAAUUACAAUAAAAAUAAAAAUUAUAUCAAUCAUAUAUAAAUAAAAUAAAAAGUGGAUCAAACACCACCGUUUCUUAAAAAUAAUUACCCCAUUUUUCCCUUUUUGUCACUUAUUAAUUAACUGCUGCGGCAGGACAAUUUAAUUUAUCUAAAAUUGUAAUUAUCACCUCUCCUAUUAUUAAAAAUCAAUUAGUUUCAAUAAAGAAAAAAUAUUAAUUAUAGAUCUUAUAGAAUUUUACUAACAUCUCCAUCAAACAAAAGCCAACUAAUGAAUUUGAAAUAUGCAGAGGUUCUAAUACCAAAUGUCUAACAUUAUAGGUUGCAAGGACUCAAACACAGAAUCUCUCGGGUAAUCAAAUACUAUGAUAUCGUGUCAAGAACCAACUAAUCCUAAAUUGAGUUGUGGUGAGAUGAUCGCUUAUAAAUCUUAUAUCGUUUACUAGUAUAUAGCUAGAUUUGACCAACUGCUUAUUCUACCUCUAUUACACUAAUUCUUGGCUAAUCAUCAUUGUCUCAGUAGAGUCUUUUAAUGGCAUGUUUCGGUCCUCUUCCCCAUUUCUUAGACAAAAUGAGCCACCGAUUUAGGUACAAAAGACUAUCACCAUCACUAGGACGAUUAGACCUUCAACCCGUAAUCGCAACGACCCAAUUGCAAGAGCAGAGCUCCACCUACCAAUUGAGCUAUAUCCCCCGAGCCAAAUGGAAAAUGCAUGACGGAGUCAGUGUUUCGAUAGGUCUGUAUGAGGGUUAGGGUUAGAUGGGAAGCGUAGAAGAUAAGUCAUCAACAACUUUGUUAUGGAGUCAGUCAGUUGUCGUGUCGUGUCAGUUUGUUUUCAGGGUCGAGAGGUUAGUAGUCGUUAGUGGAAGCCGAAUGUAUUGGCAGAAGCUAUGAAAUUAUAGUGUUGAGUUUCAAACGAAAAAAUUUGUCAAUUGGCCCCAUAUUACCCUAUCAAAUACACAAUUCAAAGAGCAUAAACACGAGAGAGAGAGAGAGAGAGAGAUUCGAAGAGUUCCGGUUUUCGCACAAAACCGUUGAGCAAAUAAAAAGUGUUGCUGUUUUAUCCUGGAGGCGACCGGCUGAUAGUCUGCUGUGCGCAUUAUGAGGCAGUGCCGUGAACGUCUUAAGGAGAGAGCGACCUAGUCUGCGACUCAGCCAGUUCAGUAAACCUUGAUUUUCUGUUCGGUUUCUAACAAUCUCUGUACUCGCCUCCUAUUUUCUUCUUCUGUUCUACUUUCCUUCGACUCAACCUUCAUUACCGACUCUGAUUGGAGCCGUUGUUCUUCGUAUUUUCCAAGAGCUACAGGUAAAUUCAUAUCAUCAGAGCAGAGUUAUGCGAAUCCAUCAAUUCGUUUAUCGCCAUUGCAGUUUCUGUUAUAGCUUUUCCGUACAAUUGGUGUUGCGAUUCCUUCUGUGUUGUGCUUCCUUAUAGCGUAAUUGUAGUUUUUCUUAGAGCUUUUCUUUAUUUCCAUUUUGUAGUUUGUUCUUGCUCGCGAAUUUACUCAUUGUGGAUCUCUCGAUUUCCGAUGGGAUAUCUCAACUCGCAAUUCAAUCCAAGAGCAGAAUCGGCUUCUGUUGUUUCUUCACUUCGUCAUUUUCUGAACUUGUCGUUACUUUCGAACGCUUCUUGAUUGCGCUGUGUUCUUGAUUGUGUUAUUUACUUUAGAGAUUUCUCAAGAUUCUCGUUAUUUGCAGAUUGCGUGUUGAUUCUUACCCGCUAUUUCCUUCAUCCGCUAUUCUCGAAUUUUGCUUUUCUAUUGCAGCCCUCUGCCAAUCCUAGGUUAGGACUGUCUUCUGUUUCUUAGAGCUACUGACAAUUCCUUCAACUCGGUGUGUUAUUUCACUAUCUAUGUUUCUAUCCGAGAUGAUCCAUACAAUCAUGUUGUGAUUCCUUCUGCUGUGCCUCUUGAUUGUUUAACUUGUGGUUUUCUGGGAAACAUGGAUUAAUUUUUCUCUCUUCACAGAUGGAUGCUCAGCUGAGGUAUCUGAAUCAUGAGCUUCAACAACAUAAAAACACGUUUAAAGAAUGGUAACUCAUGUUAGAAAUUAUUUUCAUGAUUUUACUAUUUGAAUUUGAGCGAGCGAUGACUAAAGGUGUAAAAUCAAAUAGUAAAAUACGAACAAAUAAUUUGAUUUUAGUACCACAACAAACCAAACUAUUAUUAGGAGAUAAAAAAUUAAGAAUAAAACAAAAUAAUUUAGGAAUAAAGAUAUAGGAAAUUA